AUGCCCAAGCCCUACGUCCGCCUCGACAAGAACGAUGUCGCCGUCCUUCUGAUCGACCACCAGACCGGCCUCAACUCGCUCGUCCGCGACAUUGACCCCGACAAGUUCAAGAACAACGUCCUUGCCCUCGCCGACCUUGCCAAGUACUUCAAGCUCCCCACGAUCCUCACCACGUCGUUCGAGACUGGCCCCAACGGACCUCUCGUCCCCGAGCUCAAGGAGACCCACGCCGAUGCGCCUUACAUUGCCCGUCCCGGCCAGAUCAACGCCUGGGACAAUGAGGACUUUGUCAAGGCCGUCAAGGCCACCGGCAAGAAGCAGCUGCUCGUCGCCGGCGUCGUCACCGAGGUGUGCGUCAGCUUCCCCGUGCUCUCCGCUCUCGCCGAGGGCUAUGAGGUCUUUGUCGUCACCGACGCCUGGGGUACCUUUAACGAGAUGACCCAGAAGGCCGCCUGGUCGCGUAUGGAGCAGGCUGGUGCGCAGCUCAUGACGUGGUUUGGCACCGCCUGUGAGCUCCACCGCGACUGGCGCAACGACAUUGAGGGUCUCGGCAACCUCCUCUCCAACCACAUUCCCGACUACCGCAACCUCAUCAACGCGUACACUGCCAAGCCGGCCCAGUAG